AUGGGUUGUGGCAUGAGUACCGAAGACAAGGAGGGCAAGGCCCGCAACGAGGAGAUCGAGAACCAGCUUAAGCGGGACAAAAUGAUGCAGAGGAACGAGAUCAAGAUGCUGCUGCUGGGUGCUGGAGAGUCCGGAAAAUCGACCAUCCUUAAGCAGAUGAAACUGAUCCACGAGGGCAGCUACUCCCGCGAUGAGCGCGAAUCCUUCAAGGAAAUUAUCUACAGCAACACCGUUCAGUCUAUGCGCGUCAUCUUGGAGGCUAUGGAGUCGCUCGAGCUGCCCCUGGAAGACGCUCGUAACGAGUACCACGUCCAGACCGUUUUCAUGCAGCCCGCCCAGAUCGAGGGUGAUAACCUGCCCGCGGAGGUCGGCAAUGCCAUUGGCGCUCUGUGGCGCGAUAGCGGUGUACAGGAGUGCUUCAAGCGGUCUCGCGAAUACCAGCUGAACGAUUCCGCCAAGUACUACUUCGAUGCCAUCGACCGUAUCGCCCAGCCCGACUAUCUCCCCACCGACCAGGAUGUUCUCCGCUCGCGUGUCAAGACUACCGGCAUCACGGAGACUACGUUCAUUAUCGGCGACCUGACGUACCGCAUGUUCGACGUCGGUGGUCAGCGUUCGGAACGUAAGAAGUGGAUCCACUGCUUCGAGAACGUCACGACGAUCCUUUUCUUGGUCGCCAUCUCCGAAUACGACCAGCUGUUGUUCGAGGACGAGACCGUCAACCGUAUGCAGGAAGCGCUUACCCUGUUCGACUCGAUUUGCAACUCCCGGUGGUUCGUCAAGACCUCGAUCAUUCUGUUCCUCAACAAGAUCGAUCGCUUCAAGGAGAAGCUGCCCGUCAGCCCCAUGAAGAACUACUUCCCCGACUACGAAGGUGGUGCCGACUACGCCGCCGCGUGCGAUUACAUCCUCAACCGCUUUGUCUCUCUCAACCAAGCCGAGCAGAAGCAGAUCUACACUCACUUCACAUGUGCUACGGAUACCACGCAAAUCCGUUUCGUCAUGGCCGCAGUUAACGACAUUAUCAUCCAAGAAAACCUGAGACUGUGUGGUCUAAUCUAA